AUGACUUUUGCAAUUAUUAUAUUCAUCGUGGAUGCUAUUGGUCAUGGCCUCGUAAUUUUUCGAACAUUCCUGCUAUGGGAAUACAACCCCAGAAUUCUAUGGCUCCUCAUCAUCGGCUCAAUAGUCGUCAAUACUGUGACUAUUGCUUCACUAUACACGGAAGUAAAAUCCCUGAGCGGGCCUGCUAUGUUCUUUCCUGAACUUGGCGCGUGCCUUGUAAGUUUCACUUCUGGGGAUUUCUUUAGGCUAUGGAUGGCACAGGCGUCAUUUGAUAUUUAUGUUGUUGUCCUCGUCAUCUGGAACGCAAUGGCCCGCCCACGCAUGAGGAAUAGAGAUCUUUAUACUAUGUUGCGUAAUGAUGGAGUCUUCCUUAUUUUCCUGACGUGGGCACUUCGACUUCUCAAUGCCAUAAUUAGCGCAUUUCCUGAUUGUCUUGUAUCGGAUCAGGUUUUAAUUGAGUUUUCAGAGUCAAUUAUUACUGCAAUAAAUUCAAGGUUACUCCUACGCACGUUCGCGCGUGGGCAUGUAGUAGGCACUCAAGGUGAUAUACAGCAACUCGAACUCGAGAGUGCUUCCCACGUGGAUGUAUUACCGGGAACAAAACUGGUGUUCACUUCUACCUGA